AUGGCAGGCCGUGCCCCAGGCGAUGGGCCACCUCCACCGUCCGAUGAUAUCGGAGCUGGCUCGGAGGAUGAGGGCCCUGUGAAGAAGCGUCUUCGAGUAUCUCGGGCUUGCGAUCCGUGUCGUCGUCGUAAGGAACGCUGCGAUGGUUCACAACCCACAUGCCAACGAUGCAUCAAAGCCGGGAGGCCUUGUUCUUAUAUCCCUUACCGGAAGCGAGGGCUCCGUACGGGUUAUGUCAGAGGCAUCGAGAUCCUCUUAGGGCUCCUUAUUCAUUCAUCCCCUGGUGCCGAGGACCUCAUAUCCGCCGUACUUCGUCACAAGGCGAACCAAUCUACACCCUUUGGUCCUACUUCUGCCCCUCCCACUACCUCGCUAUUGAAGUCGUGGCGCAAGAGCACAGCCCAUGAUAUUCUCCAGGGAGCACUCCUCUCUUCGGAUGAUGACGAGGAUGAAGAUGUGUACCUUCAGAACCUGGAUGACAAACUCACAUCUGCAUUCAACGCGCUGCCUCGCCAAUACCAAAAUGCUAGCUUCGGGGAGCUUUCAAAACCAGCAAACGUAAUCGGUCAUCUGCCAGAUACUGUCUCACCUGUUGUUCCACUACCAAUCCCUAAACAACCACAGCCUCCUACUCGCGGUGACCUCAUCCCGAAUGCCUUUUCUAUUCCCACCUUGCCAUCGAACUGGUCCCAGUUGAUUGAAAUAUACAUGACUAACACCCAUUGUUGGUUACCAAUAAUACAAAAGUACACACUCUAUCGCUCCGCAAGCCUACUGUGCGGCCCGGGGGGACUUGGACAAGGUCCGAAGCCAUCCUCGGGGGAAAUUUGUUCUCUCUGGGCCGUUCUCGCCUAUGGAUCGCAUCAACUAUUAGUUGUGGAUCCAUCCGCGACUCCCUCCGGAACUUCAUUAUAUGCCCUGGCUAGGCAUAUGGCAGGCCAGGCGCAUGCAGAAUAUGAAGCUGGCCAUGUGCACGCCCUCUUAACAUUGGCCCUGCUCGAGAUAAGCCAAAAGUCUUGGAUGAAUGCCUGGAUAUGUGUGGGCAGAGCAGUCUACAUUGCCUCUGGUCUAGGAAUUGUUCCUGUCAGGCAAGGGCUGGAUAUGGUUAAUUCCGACGAUAGUCGCCAAAGACUGGCUCUUGGCUGUUUUGUGCUUGACACACUGAUUGCUUCUCAGCUUGGUCUCCGCCCAUACCUGCAGCAGAAUGACUUCUUCGAUCUUGGAACUCUCAGUAGUGAUGGGAUCGAGGAAUGGGAACUCUGGCGUCCCAUUACCAAUAUGAACGCGCAACCCGCCGCCUUUUCUCCUGGUCCUAGCCGAGUUCUUAGUACAUUCAACCAUUUCUGUUACAUUGUUGCUAUUCUUAACAGCCUAUCAUGUUCCUCUGAUCACAAAAACGAAACAAUCAACCCACAUCAAUACCUCCAUCGGCUCGAAGAAUGGAACGAUAGGAACCCUCUCCGUGACUGCUUUUCUAUUUUCAAAGAUCCCUCUAGACUUGUAUCAGAGGCACCUCACACUCUGCAGCUUAGACUUGCAGCCAUGGCAACCUAUGCCAUAUUAUCAAAUCAACAUAGUCGCCAGACAAACACUACACAAGAAACAGGGGCUUCACCCAUGGAAAUCCACGAUUCUCUGGCGGAGAGUCAAAGAAUCCUAAGCGACCCGGCUAUAAAUACCACCGUGGUAAAUUUGACACAGGUUUUCCCAAUAGCCAGGAUUUUUCUUGAGAUGGUGCAAGAAAACACAAAUCUCAUUACCAGCACAAUAGUUCCCGCUUCAUGGAAUCGACCAAUACUACAGUCUGGGGAGACUCUGCAAUCCGAAAGCAUCCCUCCUGCGAUGUUGAACGAUUCUUUGCCUUUGGGCGAACAAUUGCUUGUACCCACGAUAAACAUUCCGGCUAGCAAUGUAUUUGAUGGUGUCAAUGAUCAGGAACCCUUUUCAACGAAAGGCCAAGCACUCCAGGCCGCCCACUCCAUGCAAACCAUCGGAAUGUCCCCUUCGACAAAUAAAAGGAGUUCACCUAAUACGUCGACUGAGCCAAACAAGUCCAAGAGCCCAAUAGGCACAAUCGUAACGCCCCCUCUCUCUAGUCAAGCAAUCGGCCAGGUCCAAGUAGGCGGGAUGGGUAUGGAAAGUCAGCUCGCAAUUUCCAAUGCGUCGCUAUCCGAAACGAGCGACCAAAACGGCCUAUUUAACCAACUCAGUCUGUUGGACCGGGCGGAUUGGCCAGUCUUCUCAGAAGAUUUCAUGGAACAUCUGGGUCUCUCCAGAGAUGGCUCAUUGCUGGACUACCACAAUAUAUUUGACCCUCCUUGA